UGCACGCGAAUAGCGCAAGGCUGCCCGGACCAUCCUGGCCUCACGGUCGCCAUGACGACGAGGCUGCCGGCAACGGCGGCGGGGGCUGGUCGUUGAGGCUGCUAGGUGAGUCCGGCCCCCGGACCUCGCCCUGCGGUGAGCCAGCUCCAUCCGUCCAUCCACCUGAACGCGGACUAUGAGAAGAUGGUGGGACCGACGAGGAGUAAGCUCAGGGAAGCGAGCCCCAACCCGCCGCAGUCCUCCCGCUCGGUGCAGACGAGGCGGAGGCAGGGCGCAGGGACGGCGGAGCCCCCGCCGGAGCGCGCUGCGCCGCAGGAGAGGCCCAAGAGGUCGCUGUUGCCGCCUUUCUUCCUUAGCAACAGGAGGAGCCAGCCCGGGGGCGCCCGUAACAACCCGCCGCGGAGGAUCCGAAAUAUGAACGCGCAAAAUUACUUUCAUCUGGAAGAGGCCACCAAGCUCCUCCUUUUAGGCCGCUUCCAAUUCCUCCACACUCUCCUGGACCACUUCCGCGAAAAGGUGCAGGCGCUGCAGAUUCACCGCUUCUCCCACAAGACCCUCUUUGGCUUAGCUGCCUUUGUGGGGAUUUUGCACUGGAUACACUUAGUAACACUUUUUGAAAAUGACCGUCAUUUUUCUCACCUCUCAUCUUUAGAACGGGAGAUGACGUUUCGCACGGAAAUGGGACUGUAUUAUUCGUACUUCAAGACCAUCAUCGAAGCCCCUUCAUUUUUGGAAGGACUAUGGAUGAUCAUGAAUGACAGGCUAACUGAAUAUCCCCUGGUAAUCAAUACAGUGAAACGCUUCCAUCUUUAUCCAGAGGUACUCAUAGCCUACAGUUAUCGCACAGUCAUGGGAAUACUGAAUUUAUUUGGGAUAGAAGCAAAGACCUGCUGGAAUGUCACCAGAAUAGAGCCUCUUAAUGAAGUUCAGAGCUGUGAAGGAUUGGGAGACCCAGCUUGCUUUUACGUUGGUGUAAUUUUUAUUUUAAAUGGACUAAUGAUGGGAUUGUUCUUCAUAUAUGGUACAUACUUGAGUGGGAGUCAGUCAGGAGGUCUAAUUACAGUAGCGUGCUACUUUUUCAAUCAUGGAGAGGCUACCCGUGUGAUGUGGACACCGCCUCUCCGGGAAAGUUUCUCAUAUCCAUUCCUUGUACUUCAGAUGUAUGUUUUAACCACUAUUCUCAGGACCUCCACCAUUCACAAAAAACAGUACAUGGCGCUCUGUUUCUCCAAUGUCGCUUUCAUGCUCCCUUGGCAGUUUGCUCAGUUCAUACUUUUCACACAGAUAGCCUCAUUAUUUCCCAUGUAUGUUGUGGGUUACAUUGAGCCAAGCAAAUUUCUGAAGAUCAUUUAUAUCAACAUGGGUUCUGUUGUCCUAUGUUUCAUUUUGAUGUUUGGAAAUCCAAUGUACUUAAGUUCUUAUUAUUCCUCAUGUUUGUUAGUGACAUGGGCAAUAAUGCAAAAGAAAAACAAAAUCCAAAAAUUGGGAGGCAAUGAACUUCACUUUUGGCUACUCCAAGCCUGUGCUUGGUGGAGUGGAACAAUCAUUUUGAAAUCUCUGACAUCUAAAAUCUGUGGCGUUUCAGACCAUAUUCGCCUGAGUGACCUUAUAGCGGCCAGAAUCUUAAGGUACACAGAUUUUGAUACCUUAAUAUACACCUGUGCUCCUGAAUUUGACUUCAUGGAACAAGCGACUCCACUGAGAUACACAAAAACAUUAUUGCUUCCACUUGUUAUGGUGAUUACUUAUUUUAUCUUUAAAAAGACUGUUGGUGAUAUCAUGUGUGUCUUAUGUACAAACACUUAUCUGAGAAAACAGCUCCUUGAAAACGGUGAGUUGAUCUUUCACACCUUGCAGUUGCUGGCAUUCACAGCUCUUGCCAUUUUAAUCAUGCGGUUGAAGCUGUUUUUGACACCCCACAUGUGUAUUAUGGCUUCCUUGAUCUGCUCCCGACGGCUCUUUGGCUGGCUUUUUUGCAGAGUUCAUUUUGAGAAUGUUGUCUUCGGUAUUCUGACAAUGAUGUCAAUACAAGGUUGGGCAAACCUCCAUAACCAGUGGAGCAUUAUGGGAGAGUUUACUAACUUGCCUCAGGAAGAGCUCAUACACUGGAUCAGAUACAACACCAGGCCAGAUGCUGUCUUUGCAGGUGCCAUGCCUACAAUGGCAAGCAUCAAGCUGUCGACACUGCAUCCAAUUGUGAACCACCCACACUAUGAGGAUGCAGACUUGAGGGCUCGAACAAAAAUAGUUUAUUCUGCAUAUAGCCGAAAAUCUGCAGCAGAAGUGAGAGAUAAAUUAUUGGAAUUACAUGUGAAUUAUUAUGUUCUAGAAGAGGCAUGGUGUGUUGUGAGAACGAAACCUGGUUGUAGUAUGCUUGAAAUCUGGGAUGUGGAAGACCCUUCCAAUGCAGCUAAUCCUCCGCUCUGUAGUCUCCUGCUCAAGGAUGCCAGGCCUUACUUCACCACAGUAUUUCAGAAUAGUAUGUACAGAGUACUGAAGAUUAACUGACAGCAAGGAUACCCAUCAUUCUGUAGUGCAAAGAUGUAUGUCAAAAAAGAACACUCCCAGCCUUAUUUGCAACAGUACAAAUCACAGGCUUUGAUAAGAGACACUUUAAAAAAAGAUAAAAUUAUUUAAAGUUUUCGGUUGCUAAUGACAAAUUGCUGCAUUUUUUUUACAUUGAAUGGCAGCCUGUCAAGCUUACCUCAUAAAUGAUUAAGUCAUCUCAUACCUCAUCAACAAAUGCUCAUUUUAGAGUCUUGAGGAAAGAAGUAUGCAAAAUAACAACAUAAUUUUAGAAACGAAGGAUAAGUAAUUCCUUUUAAACCCAGCUAGGUGAGUUACUUCAGGUUUCCCUAGUACCCGGGAAUCAGCCCCGACCCUCUGAGCCACGCAGAAGAGUUCAGACUCUGAGGAGCCUCAUGGUGCUGGAGGCCUCAUUCACUUUUGGUUUAUGAUGAAGAUGGUAUUAUCUUAUAAAAUUUAUCUCCUGAUAAAAGCUAUCUGUCCAAAAAUGCUUUGAAAAUUGGUAAUUACCUUGACGAUAAAGUGGGUCCAUGAAAAGAGUAAUUGUCUCUCUUUUUUUCAUGCUAAACAUUAAAAAUGCUAGAUGUUUGAAUAUGCAUCCCCUCCGAGUUAAGCAUCUUGGAGUUUUUAUACUUAUAUCUUUCUUAUAUUUUUUGGCCAGCCAUAAAAGAUGAGUCAAUUUCAUAGAUUAGUUUACUUACGGUAGGUAAGCAAUUAUAUAUAAAAUAUUUUCCAACCUUUAUAGUUGGAACACAACUAUAUGCUGAACACAAAAUAGCUAAGAAAGAAGGCUGUAUUGUGUUGAUUUCAACAUUUUCAAGUAAUUUCUUUUGCUGUGUGGAGCAAAGAAGGAAAAAGAUAUAACACUCAUUAAAGUAACGUGUUUUAGACGGUAUCACCACAGGGAUAUUUUAAAGUAAUUAUCAGAAUUCAACAAAAUGAUACAUGUUGUGUUAACCAAGAAAAUGCUCCGUACACACAAUGUUUUCCUAUGAAUUUUGUUAUUUUCAUGUAAAAUGCUUAUUAAAUCAUU